CAUGGCGGCGGCAUUGCCUACCGCCCCUUUAUAGCGGUAAAGACGCGCCUAAGCAAGGCCGGAUGCUCCUCCCGGGAGCUCCUCCUUCCAGCGUGUGCGGGGCGGCCGCUGUUAACCCGAGCUCUGUUAGGGAUUGGCUGGCUGCUGGUGUUUGGCUGCGGUAGCUCAAGAGUGGCCCGUAGUUUCCCUCGUGGCGAGGUCUGCCUGCCGGGCCAAAGAUGGCUGCUGCCCGAAAGAUGAAUGGUGUCCUGCAGGAGGAUGGGGUGGUGAAGAGCUCUGCCCUGCCGGCCAGGAGCGCCCUGCUGCCGCCCUUACACCUGCCCUUCCUGUCGCCGCACUUCUACCGGCCGGCAUCUUCUCAUGAACACAAGUUAAACUUCAGGAAGAGCAAGGAAGCGUGUUUAAGUUACAUUCAGGAUGCCAUGCUACAGAAGCAGUGGAAAAGGGCUGCAGAGUUUCUAACCUCCUAUAUUGAGUCACUAGAGAAAGACUAUUCCACAGAAUACAUGGGUCCAUCAGAGAUGAUUUGGAGAAUAGGAACUGAAAUUUUGUGCCAUCAUUCCCAUAGCAGCAUGAAAGAGUUCAACUCUUUCAUGGAACAGAUGAAGGUUUUAGGAGUAAAAAGGCAUUUGAAGAUUUGCCUAGAGCAUGCCUUUCACCUCCUUUGUCAUGGAUUCAUAGAUGAAGCUUACCAAAACCUGUCCCUGGCAGAAAGCUGGAGGUAUGGAGAACAAACAAUCAUUCAGGAUAAAGAAAUUAAGCUGAUUCAGGCUUACAGGGGACUGUUGGACUACUAUAAGUGGUCUAAGCAGAAGAACAUCUUACUAGAGCACGGUGAGGAUGGAUUUGAAGACUUGUCUGCUGAACAGGAAAUGCACAGUUGCUUUCGGAACGCAGCAGUGAACUUAAAGGAGAUCAUUAAAAUACCUGGCAUCUGGGAUCAGUUUGUGAAAUGCUACGUGGAUUUGUUGGAGUUCUACGGAGAUCAUAACGAAGCCCGCGAAGUAUUACGUGACUAUGCUUACAACUCCAAGUUUCCUGCUAAUCCCAAUGCUCAUGUUUACCUCUAUCAGUUCCUGAAGAGACAAGGUGAAUCAAAGAAAUCACUCAUAUCUGCACUGAAGAUCUUGCAUGAUACUGUUCCUUCCCAUGAACUGAUGAUAGAUUUUAAUCUCAUGCUUCAAAAAUCAAAGAAGAGGAAAAAACGUCGACUGGGGCUAGAAGUUAUUUUUGCAGCCUUGGAUUAUGCUGGCUGGAAGGAGAAUGUAAAAGCAUGGAGCUGUUUGGCAAAGCAGAUGAAACAAAUUGUAAUGUCGGAGAAACAUCUUGACUGGCUCAAACAAGAGUGGAGCUCCAGAAAGGACUGGUGGCCAGCCUUCCAUUUUAGCCGUUACUUGGGAAAAAGGAAUUGGCAGGAAAAUCAAAGCCUUUCCUAUGAAAAAGCUCUGGUGGCUGGAAUCUUAUUGGGCAAGGAUGACAAGUACUUUAAAUACAUAUCCCAUCAAGGCUGCAAAGCUCAGAUGAAAAGAUUUCGGAUACUGAAGAAGUUUGUGCAUAAGCACAAUUCCGUCUACCUGAGAAUAUCUGGUCUUUGAAUCUUCUGUACAACCUUGAUUAGAAGGCAUCCUUAAGGUUCUUGUGCUUUUUCAUCUUUGUGAAACUGACUUCUGUAGCUGGCAUUCUAGAACUUCCAGGCAGCACCUAUUGACUCAGGACUAGACUUUAAUAUAUUUCUGUAAAAAAUGCUUUGAGUUUUAUUUAUUUUAUAAUAAAAUGAAUAUAAAUCAACUGAUAAGGUUGGGGAAUUUCUUUAAGAUUAGUCCCAUGAAAUGCAAACAGUAUUGAUUUCCAAUACAUAUUGAAAAAUAUUUAGUUGUAUGGUGUGGAGUUUCUGUGUCAGCAGUAUUGUAGGCCUGAUCCUCAUGUUUAGGUGUGUAGAUGGUGACUUAAAUGACUGCUGAGAUGUAGUUUAAAAUCCAUUCAGGAUUAGCAGUGGCAUUCACAGAUGUAUUGUCUUAACCUAGGAGCAUUAAGCAUGUGGUGUACUGUAAAAACACCUUGCCCUUUGCAGGUUACAUAGGUUGCUGCUUUAUGACUGAUCAUUUCCUGAAAUCCAUGAAAAAUUGAGGUUUUUUUUUGUUCAUUGUAUAUGAGAAGAAUUCCAUGUCGUGAAGAUCUACUGCAGCUUCUUUAAAGAGAUGAUUCACUUCAGUGUAUCCAAAAGCAAUAUUCCAUGUGUCCAGUUCAGGGCUUGUUUUCAUAUGACUGGUAGGAGAGUUAAGGGUUGCUGUAGCUGCAUGGCUGCAGAGAGAAGCUAAUGUUGCAAUGCUUUGAAGGAGCAAAGGCAAAGAACUACUGCAAACUUCUCUACCUGGUGGAAGAGACUUACUGAAUCUUCUUACAGUCUUGCCUAUGAGGUGAAAUAUGCAGUGUUGGUGUGUUUGGAAAGCAGAUGUUAAUGUAUUAUCGCAAACUGGUGUUUCAGGUUGCUUGAAAACAGCAACAAAAUGGUUUCCAAAUACUACUUCUGUUUUAAUGACAGGUCUGUAGAACCUUGGUGGAUGAACUGC